UUUCUCUCUCAUUCUCCCAAUGUACGUUCAGACUCCCCCUCCCCCCGUUUUAUUUGGCCAUGAUUCUCCAUUUCUCCCUUUUCUCACACUCCAUUGCCACACAUUUUGGAGGUUGUUAGUGUGAGGAUGCCCCCAAGAACAGGGUGUCGGCCAUUUGAGUGUGUGAGGAGAGCUUGGCAUAGUGAAAGACAUCAACCCAUUAGAGGUUCUCUCAUUCAAGAGAUUUUCAGGGUUGUUAGUGAAGUUCAUUGCUGUGCUACAAAGAAGAAUAAGGAGUGGCAAGAGAAGCUUCCCAUUGUUGUUCUUAAAGCUGAAGAGAUUUUGUAUUCUAAAGCUGACUCUGAGGCUGAAUACAUGGAUAUUACUACACUAUGGGCCCGAAUAAAUGAAGCGAUUAAUAUGAUAAUUCGGCUUGAUAAGGAUGCCGAAACUGGGGAGUUUCUUCAUCCUUGUAUUGAAGCUGCUCUCUAUUUGGGCUGCACGCCGAGAAGAUCGUCGAAGAGUAACCGAGGUAGUAAUCUGAGGGGCUACCUUAAUUCCUGCACUCCACAGGUCUUAGACACAUCACCUCACUACACCAACUCCAUUAGGCCAACUGUUUUGAGUUCACAACACUUCUCAUCUUGUCCAAAUUUGUCAAAGCAGACGAGAAAUGUAUCGAAAGCCCAACCGAAAAACCAAAACCAUGUUGGUGUUCAUAGCACAAACCCGACUUCAACUGUGUAUAAGAAUAUUUGGCCAUUGAUCGGUAGGCAACCGCUCCUAACAGAGACCGUUGCUGGAUGGAACAUGUUUUCUUUGUGUCCAUUGUAUCAUGGAAGCAAUCAAUGCGUAUCCGGUAUCGAAAUCCAACCAAUGCCCCUCCACAGCAAUCCAAUUUUCUCUGGUCCAGCUCCGUUUAAGUACUUCCAUUCCAAUGAUGUGAUUCCUGCAAGAAACAACAGAAUUGAUUUAGUAAAUAGUACUCUUCACAAGCAACAGAAAACAACUUGUGAUCUAUCGUUGCGGUUGGGCCCUCUUUCCAUUCCACACUCGAGCAUCAACAACGGUCAAUCCAAGACGAUCAAUGACAUUGGUGCUAUCGCCUCUCAAAGGCAAAUCACGAGUUCCUCGGGUCGCUCGUCCCAACUAGACAAAACGUUUGCUUUCUUCCCUCUCCAUGGUACAUAUGGUGCAUUAGAUUCCCAUUAGUGAGGGAGCAGAGCUUCUAAAUCAAUUUAGAUGAUAGAAAGCAUUUACUUGUAUGAUCAAUGUCUUUCUGUUGUUGGAUUCAAUUUACUCGUGAUGUUCUUGCGUUGUUGUUAGUAGCAAGAUGAUAGGACAUUAGCCUUGUAUCGUUUAAGUUAUCGCUAUAAUCGAGCUAUGUAGAUGCAGUGUAAUAUCUUGUUUUAUUUAAUAAGGCAUUGAGAUAGUAACAAAAGCCAUUUGAAUCAUGUGAAUAUCUUCAUGUGGAAGGUUGACAAUCUGCAUCAUCCUCUUC